AUGGUAUACGAAGGGAAACGAUGGGUUUCCUGCCAUUGUUUCUUCCUGCUAACAGCCAAAUUCUACUGGAUACUCACUCUGAUGCAAAGAACUCAUGGCCAGGAAUAUGCCCACUCCAUCCGACUGGAUGGGGACAUCAUUUUGGGAGGACUGUUCCCCGUUCAUGCGAAAGGGGAUAGAGGGGUGCCUUGUGGGGAGCUCAAGAAGGAGAAGGGGAUCCACAGACUAGAGGCAAUGCUGUAUGCAGUUGAUCAGAUUAAUAAAGACCCUGAUCUACUUGCCAAUAUCACCUUGGGUGUCCGGAUCCUUGAUACGUGUUCCAGGGACACUUACGCGUUGGAGCAGUCCUUAACGUUUGUGCAAGCGUUGAUAGAAAAAGAUGGCUCAGACGUGAAGUGUGCUAACGGUGACCCACCUAUUUUCACUAAGCCAGACAAAAUAUCAGGUGUGAUAGGUGCUGCAGCAAGUUCUGUGUCCAUUAUGGUUGCAAAUAUUUUAAGACUUUUUAAGAUACCUCAAAUCAGCUAUGCAUCUACAGCUCCAGAAUUGAGCGAUAACACCAGGUAUGACUACUUCUCUCGAGUGGUCCCACCAGAUUCCUACCAAGCGCAGGCCAUGGUGGACAUCGUGACGGCCCUUGGGUGGAACUAUGUCUCGACACUGGCUUCUGAAGGCAACUAUGGAGAGAGUGGUGUGGAGGCGUUCACCCAGAUCUCCAGAGAAAUCGGAGGUGUUUGCAUUGCUCAGUCACUCAAGAUCCCUCGGGAACCAAGACCAGGAGAAUUUGAAAAGAUCAUCAAGCGCUUGCUGGAAACUCCAAAUGCUCGAGCAGUGAUCAUGUUUGCAAAUGAAGAUGAUAUUAGGCGAAUACUGGAAGCAGCCAAAAAAGCUAAUCAGUCUGGACAUUUCCUCUGGAUUGGCUCUGAUAGCUGGGGGUCAAAAAUUUCACCAGUUCAGCAGCAGGAAGAGAUUGCGGAAGGAGCAGUAACCAUUCUGCCCAAAAGAACAUCAAUAGAUGGAUUUGAUAGAUAUUUUCGGAGCAGAACGCUUGCUAACAAUCGAAGAAAUGUCUGGUUUGCAGAAUUUUGGGAGGAGAACUUUGGAUGCAAGUUGGGAUCGCAUGGAAAAAGAAAUAGCAAUAUCAAGAAAUGCACAGGCUUAGAAAGAAUUGCAAGAGAUUCAGCUUAUGAACAAGAAGGAAAAGUUCAGUUUGUCAUUGAUGCAGUAUAUUCCAUGGCCUAUGCACUGCAUAACAUGCAUAAAGAUCUCUGUCCUGGAUAUAUUGGUCUAUGCCCGAGGAUGAGCACAACUGACGGUAAAGAACUACUUAGCUAUAUCCGGGCAGUAAACUUUAAUGGGAGUGCUGGAACACCUGUUGUCUUCAAUGAAAAUGGAGACGCUCCUGGACGCUAUGAUAUUUUUCAGUAUCAAAUCAACAACAAAAGUACAGAAUACAAAGUAAUUGGUCAGUGGAGUAACCAACUUCAUCUAAAUGUAGAAGACAUGCAGUGGGCUAACAGAGAACACACUCAUCCAGCAUCUGUCUGCAGCCUGCCCUGUAAAGCCGGGGAAAGAAAGAAAACGGUGAAAGGAGUGCCCUGCUGCUGGCACUGCGAGCGCUGUGAGGGGUAUCAUUACCAGGUGGAUGAAUUCAACUGUGAACUGUGCCCCAUUAAUAAGAGACCAAAUGCUAACCGUACGGAUUGCCAGCUUAUCCCUAUAAUCAAACUGGAGUGGCAUUCUCCUUGGGCCAUUGUGCCUGUCUUCAUAGCUAUUCUCGGCAUAAUUGCCACCACCUUUGUGAUUGUGACAUUUGUUCGGUACAACGACACACCAAUCGUCAGGGCCUCUGGGCGGGAGCUCAGUUAUGUGCUCCUGACUGGGAUUUUUCUCUGUUACUCCAUUACUUUUUUAAUGAUUGCAACUCCUGAUAUAGUAGUCUGCUCAUUUCGAAGGAUCUUUUUAGGACUUGGCAUGUGUUUCAGCUAUGCUGCCUUGCUUACCAAAACAAACAGAAUUCACAGAAUAUUUGAACAAGGUAAAAAAUCUGUCACAGCUCCCAAAUUUAUUAGUCCAGCUUCUCAGCUGGUGAUCACUUUCAGUCUCAUAUCCUUGCAGCUUAUUGGAGUCUUCAUCUGGUUUGCUAUUGAUCCACCACAUACCAUCGUAGACUAUGGAGAGCAGAGGACACUUGAACCAGAAAAUGCCAGGGGAGUUCUCAAAUGUGACAUUUCAGAUCUUUCUCUCAUUUGUUCCCUUGGAUAUAGUAUUCUCUUGAUGGUCACAUGCACUGUUUAUGCUAUUAAAACAAGAGGGGUUCCAGAAACCUUCAACGAAGCAAAACCCAUUGGAUUUACUAUGUACACAACCUGCAUAAUUUGGUUAGCUUUUAUUCCGAUCUUUUUUGGUACGGCCCAAUCAGCAGAGAAGAUGUACAUCCAGACAACAACACUUACUGUCUCCAUGAGUUUAAGUGCUUCUGUAUCACUGGGCAUGCUCUACAUGCCCAAGGUUUAUAUUAUCAUUUUUCAUCCAGAGCAGAAUGUUCAAAAACGGAAGCGGAGCUUCAAGGCUGUAGUGACAGCUGCUACAAUGCAAAGCAAACUGACCCAAAAAGGAAAUGACAGACCAAAUGGCGAGGUCAAAACUGAACUCUGUGAAAGUCUUGAAACCAACAGUAAGUCAUCUGUAGACUUUCCCAUGGUCAAGAGUGGCAGCACAUCCUAA